UCACAUACACUGCAUACAUUUUCAGGCUGCAGAGCUCAAUUACUCUGUUGUCCACACACUCAGGCAAAGGGAAACUGCCAUCUCCUUCAACACCAUGAUUCUAAACAUCAUAUAUGACAGCCUUGAUUUUAGAAGCUUGAUCAUUUUAAUUUUAAUUUUAAUGAUUCUCGUGGACAUCAUCAAAAACAAGAAUCCACACAAGUUUCCACCAGGACCGUGGCCUGUACCAUUUUUGGGAACUAUCUUCACUGAAAUGGAUUUCAAAACCAUGGAUAAGUUGACUGAAGUUUACGGGAAUGUAUUCAGCUUAAGAGUGGGUAGUGAGAAAGCUGUAAUCGUGUCUGGAUAUAAAACGGUAAAGGAGGCCCUGAUUGGCCAGAUUGACAACUUUGUCGACCGUCCACAAAUCCCCAUGUUUCAUAAAACUUUUAAGGGAAUUGGUGUCGCACUAAGCAACGGAUACCUGUGGCGCAUGCAUAGGAAGUUUACAGUUUCCCAUUUGCGGGCCUUUGGAGUGGGGAAGAAAAGCCUUGAGCUCAGUAUUCAACAAGAGUGUGUCUACCUUUGUGAUGCCUUCAAAGCAGAAAAGGGACCUUUCAAUCCUCUGGUGACCUUAAAUAGUGCUGUCUCAAACAUCAUCGCAUGCUUGACACUCGGACAACGCUUUGACUAUCAUGAUGAAUAUUACCAAAACAUUCUGCGUCUUGACAUUGAAUGCGUUAAAUUAGCGGGCUCUCCUCGAGUACAGCUGUACAAUGUGUGGCCCAGCCUCUUUGAAUACUUACCUGGCCCCCACCAAACAAUGUUUGCCAACUAUAAAAAGAUCACAGACUUCCUGAGAGGAGAGAUCAGAAAACACAGAGAAGACUGGGAUCCCUCUAACCCUCGUGACUACAUAGACAACUACCUGUCAGAGAUGGAAAAGAAAGAGAGUGACCCUGAGGCUGGCUUUAAUAUAGAAAGUUUAGUCGUGGCUUGCCUAGACCUGGUUGAGGCUGGGACAGAGACUGCUACAACAACAUUACGCUGGGGUCUGCUUUAUAUGAUAAAGUUUCCUGAAAUACAGGAAAAGGUCCAGGAAGAGAUAGACAGGGUUAUUGGACAGUCACGUCAACCUUGCUUUGCUGACAAAGAUAACAUGCCGUACACUCAUGCUGUUAUCCACGAGAUUCAAAGAUUUGGCAAUGCAGUGCCACUGGGAUUCCCUAAACGAGCUGCUAAAGACACCACACUAGGGGGAUACUUCAUUCCUAAGGGCACCUCUGUUACAACAAACCUGUCUUCAGUCCUGCAUGAUCCAGAAGAAUGGGAAACACCAAACACCUUUAACCCAAAACAUUUCCUGGAUGAACAUGGCCAGUUUCGGAAAAGAGAUGCCUUCCUACCAUUUUCAGCUGGUAAGAGAGCGUGUUUGGGAGAGCAGCUGGCUCGCGUGGAGCUCUUCCUGUUCUUCACCUCCCUGCUGCAGCAGUUCUCUCUCUCUAAAUGUCCAGGAGAGGAACCAAGUUUGGAUGGCGAGAUAUGGUUUACAUAUGCUCCUGCUCCGUAUCGCAUUUGUUUGUCCCAACGCUAGAGUUUGUGUUAUAAGAGUGUGACUGCAAGAAGGCAUUGCUGAAAAGGAAUAUAUGGAUCAAAUAUUACACUUUUUUAUAUUGCAUUAUGACUUUCAGAAAAUUAACAGAGCAUACUCAUUAUAACAUUGCAAUUAUAGCAUGCAUGGCAAGAAAAAAAACAAAGAAUUUGUUGGAAAAGUUUUUUUUAAAGAAAGUUAGUCAAAUCUGAAACAAAGCAUGUUUUUAGUUAUAUUUUUAUAUAUAAGUUUUAUUAUGUUAUAUUUUAUCAUUAAGUUUUUGACUCAAAAGAUUCACAAAUCCUUUUCUCUGGCAGUGAUUUAGUAUUAUAGUUUUCAAUACCUAGAUCAAAUCUGUCCUAAAUGAAAAUAUUUUUGUGAAUUCUAUCCUCCAAAAGAAAAUUCCAAUAUUAUAUUUACAUUUAUCAGAUGCUUUUAUCCAAAGCCAGUUAUGUGCUUUAGCUGUAGGGUGAACAGGUGAACACAAUAAAACCACACUGGCAAACAUUCAGUCAAGAGUAUAUGUUAUGCAGGUUGAUUUUAAUUGAAAGUGUGAACAGUGUUCUUAGGAAGUGGUAUUUUCAUAAAUAUCUGGUCGGGGAAGUCAGUUCAAGUCAGGUUUUAAUGUUUUAUAUGUAUUAAUAACAAUAUUUGUUGGCCAAAACAAUGCUUUGACAUUUUUGUUACCUUAUAGGCCUACAUUUUUGCUGUUUCAUGAAUUAUUUUGUGUUAAUUGGUCUCUAUUAUUAGAGCAUGUUGUCACAAAAUGUCAGUAAACUGUAUAUUUCUGUAGAACCGUGAAAAUGUUAAAUAACAUUUUUACAGCCUAGAUUUUAACCCAUGUGUGACCUUCUGGACAUUUUUGUCUUUUUCAUUUUAGUUUUUUUUUCUAUAAUUUUGGCUAUGUUAAUUCCAACGGCAUACAUUUUGCCAAAGGUGUGUAUAUUUGGGGGAAUUUUGAUAUUUCAACCUCAGUUCCUAAAAUACAUCUAUUAUACACUGUGUACACAAAAUAGUUACACUCAGGACCUCCAGGACAUAAAUGUCCCCAUUGAAACCCAUUAAAAUUGCAAUAUUUCCCAGUGCUAUUAAAGAAUAAAAUCAUGAAUUCUAUUAUAUUAUGCAU